AUGGACGACGGGUCUUGCCGAUAUGUCAAUGGCGUCUGGAUCCACAACUUGUUUCAAGAAGAGAAAAUUCGUUCAGCAAUGCGAUACAAACCUCGACGUGGUGACGUCAUACUCGUAACUUACCCGAAGUGUGGCACCAACUGGACGCAGUUCAUCGUUUGGAACAUUCUGACCAGAGCGGAGAGCCUCACUAGCCCUGCCGAGUUCAACCUCAUGUGUCCUUUCAUCGAGCUGACCGGAGCUGAAGCGGCCGAGAACCCGUUGAGGCGAGGGGGUAUCACCACUCACUUGCCCCUAGCAGCUUUCAAACCUGUGGAAUGGGCGAAGUACAUCUACGUCACUAGGAACCCAUACGACUGCGCUGUCUCCUACUACCACUUCUCCAAGGGGCUCACACCCAAGACGUUCACUGAUGUUUCUUUUGAGAAGUUUAUUUCCCUCUUCCUAACCGGCAAGGUCAUCUAUGGUGACUACUUUGACCAUCUCCUUCCAUGGUACAAACGCCGAUACGAUAAGAACGUCCUCCUCAUCACUUACGAGCAACUGAAAGUAGACUCCAGGGCAGAAGUUUUAAGAAUCGCAGAUUUUAUAGGAGAAGAACAUGGCACAGCACUGCGUGAAGACGAAGCUCUCUUCCACAAAAUUAUGAGUGCCUGCAGUCUUGAAAACAUGAAGGCCUUUUUCACGGACAAGCCAAUGGAGAGGGUGAAGAAUGCGCUACAAACAGCUUCAAUAGAGCUUGAAAAGCCUCAAAUGACUAACACGUUUCCACCAAAAGGUGUUGAGCUGCAUGAAGGACCUGGGUAUCUUCGUAAACGAAUUGUCGGUGACUGGAAGAACUAUUUCACCUCGGAGCAGAUUCAGCAGAUGAAGGAUUGGAUCACGAAGAAGAGUCACGGAAGUGACGUCAUGAGCCUCUGGAAAAACUGUGAUUUGCCGUGA